AUGGAGGUACAUCCCAGGGUGAACUCCAUGUUAGCUGCCAAGAGGCUAUGGAAUGUGUUGAGGCUGACCUUCUUUAUGAUCAGGAAGGGAUUGGUUUCAAAGAGGAAGUUGAUAAUGGACAUGAAUCUCAUGGUGAAGAGAGGGAAGCUUCUAAGGAAAUCUUUUAGCAAUCUCAUAUGCCAUCAUCACCACCACCACCACGGAAACAUGGCAAGCGGUAGCUAUGGCUUAGAGGAGUACGAGUUCUCUUGUAGCAACAGCCCAAAUCCUGUUUUUUUCCACUUGCCAAAGCGCAAACACCAUUACUUCCCUUGCAUCAAUCCCCCUGAGGUCAUCGAAGAAGAAGAAGAGACUAAUAAGGCAGCAGCACUGGUGAUGGUGCCAAAGACCCCUGAUGAGUAUCCCUUCAACUUAUUUCAUCAUCUUGAUGCCUCUGACUUUGCUCCAGAAGAGAAGCGUAGCCCUCUCCCUUCGCCCUUAUCUGUAAGGGUGUCGAAUUAUUCAUCGGAAGAUGAGAACGAUAGUGGAAUAAAUGGAGAGGUCGAUGAUGAAGCUGAGGAAUUCAUUCGAAGGUUUUAUGAGCAGCUAAGGUUACAAAGUCGCAUGCAGUUGCUGGAAUACCAGGACAGGAAAUAA